ACGUGAAAGAGUAGACCUCCCAAGCCCCGCCUCCUAUGCUAUUGUGAAUCCUCGCUGAAUUGGAUCGAGUUUGCGUGUGUGCUGUAACGUUACAGUAGACACACACCAGAGGAGUAUCAGCCACAUACUGAGAGUUACUUUAUUUGGAAUGCAAAGCUGCUGAAGACCAGAAUCAAGAGAUUUUUGCAGGAUUUUAUUGUGUGAACAUCACUGUGCUGAAAUGGGUAGCCAGGUAACCCGUACCUCUUUAGAUGGAGGAACCCUUCGCUGCGACCCCUUAAAGGUGAGCAUGUGCCAACAGUUGCCAGCCCCACCGCCGCUCUGUUUCCAUGCCAACACGAAAGGCUCUCAAAUCGUGAUGGACAAGACGCAGCGCAGCGUGCGCCGAAUUGCUAGCUUCUGCAAUGCCAUCACCUUCACCAACCGGCCAGUCAGAAUCCAUGAACAGGUCCGGCUCAAGAUCACUAAGAAACAGGGAUGUUGGAGUGGCGCCCUCCGAGUGGGUUUCAGUUCGGUGGAUCCUUCUGAUUUAAGUUCAGCAUGGCUGCCACGGUUUGCCUGCCCAGAUUUAGUUAGCGAAAGGGGAUUUUGGGCCCGAGCGCUUCCUGAGGAACAGUGUGAAGAAGGAACCAUUCUGUCCUUCUGGUUGGAUAACACAGGACGAGUGUUUUACCGGGUAAACAGUGGCCCUCCGAUCUUCUUCUUCGGCGGUGUACCACCCGGAGAGCCGGUUUGGGCGAUCAUUGACAUUUAUGGUCUGACACGUGGAGUACAGCUUCUUGACAGUAAGAUGGUGCCAGCUGAAUAUCUCUGUCCUGCUGUGACUCAUGAAGGCAUGGAUGAGUGGCAUCUGUCAAGCAACUGCUCUGAGCUUGACCUCCAGGAAGAUCUGCCAUCCUUCUCAAGCUCUCCAAACGCCCUCAACUCAGUGCUGUCACAUCAGCUCAGUGAUGACUUGCAUUUCCACUGUGUGCAUGGCAACGGUCUGCGUCUGCUGACUGAACACAUAGCGGUGCGUUAUUUUAACAGACGUGAGGAUUGUGCUCUGGCAUUCACACACCGCCCGCUGCGCUGUGGAGAGUGUGUGUUCUUGAAGGUCUCGUUGAGAUCGUCUGCUCUGAAUGGAUUUUUGUCUUAUGGAUUCACUUCCUGUAACCCAGCCCAUAUUAACCCAAAGCACCUGCCGGUCAGUCCAGAUGACCUGCUGGACCGCAAAGAAUUCUGGGCUUUUAGCCCUGACUGCCUGACUUCACUGCUUAUGGGCAGGGAUAUCAUCGGUUUCCGAACAACUGCAGAAGGGGAGGUGCUUGUGAGUCAUAAUGGAGGGAGAGCAUGCAGAGAGAUGUGUGUGGAUAACUCCACUCCUCUGUGGAUGAUCUUCCAUUUACAGCCACACAUCAAGCAAAUCAGCAUCCUGGGCACUUCCUGUGGUUACUCUCCAUCCUGUUCAGAAAUACAGAGGUCCAUCUUUAGUGAUGCCAGUCACCUUUCAGCCAAUCAGAUUCACAGUACAUCCAUCAGGGGUUUUACAGACAGCUUUGAGUCCCGCCCACAGAGUCUCAGCAGUUCUGUAGGGACAACAUUCAGUUCACUGUCCUCGGAAUCUCCCAGUACCCCAUCAUGCUAUGCGAUUACUGGUGAGGAGUGUUUGAUCUGCUGCGAGAGGCCAGUGGACUCAGUGCUGUACACAUGCGGACAUAUGUGCUUGUGCUCUGUCUGUGGUGGGAAGCUAAUGGAGAUGUCAAACCCAUCUUGCCCCAUGUGUCGCAGCCCAAUCAGAGACGUCAUCAAAAUAUACCGCAGCAUGUUAACUGGAAACCACCUCUUCAACAAAUAGGAUGUCAGUACUGAGUGAUUCUGAAGAGGCUCUUUCACAGGUUAUCAUCCUGUUUGAAAAGGAAUUCCUGCAAGUCUGUUUAAAAGGAUGCUUGUUUGAGCACAGCAAUGAAGAGGGACUGACUGACUGUUUGAUAUACUAAAUGUCUCACCAAAACUGCAGAGAAAA